UAUAUAUAUAUUCCACCAAAUAUAUAUAUGAAGAUAUAAACGCACCGCGCGCCUCCCGAUUCAAAAAGUGAACGAAACAACAAAGAAAAAUCGAAUCUCGGCUAGCUUUCAGAAUUUUCUUCAAUCACUUCCGGUUCCUCGUGUCGUUAAUCCGAUUGGCAGAUUAUGGCCUGCAUCGGUCACGUUAACGCACACGAUCGGCGAGUGUUACAGGAUCGAGCGAUAUUCGUUCCACGUGUUAUGAGAUCGCUCGUUGAAAAUCUGCCGAUCCGACGAAAUACGGAAGCGUACACGCUCGAAUACGAUCGGAGAACGAUUUACGCUUCCUGCCGCGUAGAAUGAAAUCGCGGGAUUCUCAGGCGAACCCGCGAUGUGUUACGGAAAGACUCGUGAACGGCGAUCGUUUAGGAACGUCCAACGGGGGUACUCCAUACCCGGUGACACCUCAUCCACCAACAGGUUUUGUCCCUGCGCCGACACAGCCUGCUACCUACGGUGGUGCACUUUCAGGUGCCACACCGUACGGAGUGUUUCCUAAUCAACCACAACUGUACGCAGCGCAAGGACCGCCGCCGCCGACAUACGAUCAGACUCUUACGCAUCCUAUGAUGUAUCAACCAAUGUACGGUCAAGGAUACCCAGGAUACUUAGCGAAUGCAUGUUAUCCUGCAUACGGGCCAUUGCAAUAUUAUCCGCCAUUAGCUGCAGCUGCAGCGUACUACCCUGCAGCGGCGAUGCAGCCUCCAGUUAGGCCCCCCACACUCGUGAUGCCUAAUGGUUUCGACGCUACCAAUCGAUUCGAUAGCAUCUCGCAACCCGUCUUGCCACCGCCCCCAACAGUUCCAAAUGCCGCCCAACUAGCUGCAAUGGCUAGCCACAGUGUCGCUAUAUCGCAAAAGAAAAACUUCCUAGGAGGAGGAACAGAUGGCGGUUACACCUUUUGGUAAACCAUUAUACCUUUUGUGAAACACUAAGUCUAACAAAGGCAUUGUUGUCGAGAAUGAUCCAUGUAGGCAAAUCUGAUUUUUGUGUUAGAAUUCUACUAUUUUCACAUUGGGAGCAGCUAUCGAUUAGUAUAACUUGAGCGCGGACCGAUCGCGGAGUCGGCAAUUUUUUACGCGGUACUCGUAGUGUUUUCUAGAGCCUAGCGAAAGAAAAUUUGGUUCUCCGAAUCGCAAAACACUUGAAUUAUGAAAAAUGAAAAAAAAAAACAAACAAACAAACAAACAAACAAAAAAAAAACAAAAAGAAGAAGAAGAAAAAAAAUGAACAUACGCGACCGGGCACACGAGCGUGGUUAUUGAGAUCGUAGCGAUCGGUCGGCGCAUCGAACGUACCGUGAAAUUUAUUAAGAGAAACGUUAAGAAGGGAAGACUCGUGCAACACCCGUCAUACGAUUCCGAAACAGCUACUUGAAUUAGUUUGAAAAAAGAACCGGAUGGUAUAUUUUGUAAAGCAAACGAUGCGUGGAAAUUUCACGAGCCGGUGUGUUUAAUUGAAAAUACGUCAUGGCGGUGCAACCGCGAGAACGAUCGAGCGAUACACGAAUUUUUCAACGUACUAAAAAAUGUAGAAUUUUAGAAGAAUUAUUUAACAAAGAAAAAGCGUAGCGUCAUUUUCAAUUAUACGACUGCCAAGAAGAACGUUAAACAUCGUUUAAUUUCUGAUCGUAGCACCGUAAAGUACAUUCGACGUUUCAACAUUAAGAAUUUUCAAAUCAUUCCCAAAAUACGUUUCGCUCGAUCUUUCUGCAUUUAACGGCUGAUCAUAUUCCAAAACGCACGAGAUGUUCCAUGUUUUCUUUUUCUUUCUUUUUUCUUUUUAAUUUAAUGAAAAGGGUUAUUAAGCGCGAGCGAGAGUAGGGAACACUGUGUUGUUCUUCUUUUUAGAGUUAGCGGGUGAAUACGUGCACCACCGGAUGCGAGUUGUCUCAUUCGCCUACAGGGAUCGAUAUUCAAAGUGUGUUCUAAGCCUUUUUUAAGCGCGACUUGGUUUUCUGCAAGGCAGGCCGAAGAGCAAAGGGGCUGCUCACGUUAUUUCUGUUACUUUUUACACGACUACAUUUUUUUUUUCGAGAUUUUUUUUUUUUCACUCCUGGUGUUCUCCAGCGAGGUUUCUUUUCCAAAGUAAAUUUGUUACUUUGCGAAGAUAAAGAUCAUUAUGGGUAGCCCUAACGUUUAGAGAAAAAAAGAAUAUGUACGUGAUAGGAGCCUGAGGAAUGCGUGAGAGUCGUUCGUGGUUGUAAAGCUAAACGACACGCUUUGUAUUUCGAAUUCGACGAAUAGCCGAUAAUAUCCGAUUAACAUCGAAUACUUAAACGUAAUAGAAACUUUUGCUAUCGUACAUUUUGUUUUGAUAAGAAUUUUAGCCAAGUUCUUACAGUUCGAAAGGGUUUCUUUCCGACGUUGUUAGAGACACACGAAAGCGACGCUUUCUGCGAAUGAAAACGGUGACGAUAAUGUUUAAGGCUCGAGUGCCAAACAACGGAGAAAUUAAAAUUAUAAAUACCGAAGAUUCUCACGUAUUCGACGACUUCGAAGAUACUUACUACUCUACCUAAAAGUACGCACUCUCUUCUUUAAAAUCAGUAGUCUUUCCUCCUAGUUGUUUGAUGUUUCUUUCUUAAACGCAGAUUAGCUAGGUCGGCUAACAAAGUUAUUAUUUAAUUAAAAUGAAAGGCUUGUCUGCGGCGCGCGAAUUUCUUCAAGCAGGUUAAAUUGUGCUUCGAUUGAAACAGUUGCCAUGUAGCAUUCGAUAUAACCCGUGCGUUUUCUCGCUUCUACCAUAGGUUAUCUAAACAUUCGAAAAUUAUACACCGGUCUCCAUGACAUCUAAAGUACGAGAGACGUCGUCUAUCUCUAAGCGUGUAAAAAUUGUACAGUUUCGUUGAAAGCUGUCAAGGGACUGCGUGGAAACUGGCUUCGAUCGAAGCUCGCGAAGGAAACAAAUAGUUGACUCAAUUUCAAAGUACAAAUUGAAUAUCCAUGUAAGUAGAGGGAAAAUUCGUGACGACGCGGUCAAGCCUUAUGUCAGCCAUAUUAGGCGAGUUGCAAUGAUGAUACGGUAAGCAACGCAGCGAGUUCGUAACGCCUACGAUUAAAUACAGUGCAGAAUUGUUGUUAACAACUAUGUAAUAUUUUCUGAGAACUCGAGAUCUAUUGUAAGAAAGAAAAAGACACAAAUACUGGUGAUCAUGAACUAGUUGCACAGCUACGAAACGACUGUUUUGCUCCGCGAUGAUCAUAGCAUAUAGUGUGGUGUGAGCCUGCCGAUAGGACACGUUUGGAUGUUCCAUUCUGCAGGUGCACAAUUAAAUACGAUAUUAAUUAAGCAAUGAAGAUCGAAGAAACUAAUUUACAAUCGGUGAUAGCUUAGGAUAGGACCAAGAAACGCAGUUCUAUUUAGACAUUUUUCGACUGGGUGUUCCAGCAAACUUGACCAGUACUCUUAUAUGUUUCGCAUUGGACUUAACGAGGAUAGGCAUUUUAUACGUCCUAUCCACGAUAUUAGAAGUGACUUCUGCUCUACAAUUGGAGAUUAGAACAAAUUGCAAUUUAAUUGAAUAUAAAUCAAAUUCCUACUUCAGCCUACGAUUUAUUAGUUGUUUCUAUUAAUCCAUACUUCAUUCUCAGCAUCUGCAUGAAAAUUUUUAAUGGCAGAUACUUUCUAAAAUUCGAAGCAGAACGCAUAGGUCUAUACUUGUCUUGUUUUCUAUCAUCGUCGAAUCUAGUUAAAUUUCUACGUGAAUGAAAAACGUGUGAGCAAUAAUUUGAACUGAAAUUUUUAUAAGGCGAAACCCCACGACUGGCCAAAUUUGUUGCCACAGCGCCGCAACCUACGUUCACCUUGUACCUUCAAUUCUUUUUCUACCAGACGUACCUACAGCUACUCACAUUAUGACCAGCGUUUGAUAAAGAAGCGCGUAAUCUCAAUCUUAUUAAAGAAGAAAAAAAAAAGAAAUCUAGUCCGAAGAGUCUGAUGAUUGGGAUGCAAAAUGUUACAUAGACCUUUUUUUUCUCAAUCCGUGCGACGCCAGGUGCGAAAUAUACCGCAGCAUUCACUUAUACCUCGAGACAUCUGAGAAAAUUGACAUUUCCCAAAACUCAUGCCAUUCCACUUAACGACAUCGAGCCACGAUCGACACAUGUACGAGUCAUAUUUAGGAAUUUCGAAACAAGCGUAUGAAAGAAAAAAAAGAAAGGAAAUAAAUAAAACAAAGUAGUGUCGUUACUCGAAAUGUAAACACUUUCAUCGAACUUUUGCGAAUUUGCAUAUCAGCGAAGGGCUAUCUCUAUCGCUAGCCGCUUCGCUUAGCCACGCAUUGCGCGACAAAUGCACCGAGCCACCCCAAUCUUUGCAGCUACGACAAGAAAUGAAAAGGGAUUGAAGACGAACAUUGUAAAUUAAUCUUCAAGAAUGAAACAGAAUAGAAAGAUACAAAGCCCAAUGUCAACUUUCAUAGAAACUCGUACACACGAAGAAACAAGUGAACUAUAUUGUGUUGAUAUUUAUAUUUAAAUUAUUAUUAUUUAAACGGUUUAUUUGCAGAUUUUUACAGUUUAGAUCAGAAUUUACGCGACAUAUUUUGACCGAUUAUUUUGUAUCGAGCGAGAGUGGUGGGAAGGUUUUAUAUCAUGAAAAAAGUGUGCAAUAAGCGUAAUGUCUAUUGUAACAAUAAAGAAAUGAUAUUAAUUGCAACGGUGAAUUUGUUAUUACGUUGAACGAGAGAGAAAAUAAAAAGAGAAACGAAAAUGUACCACUGCAAUCAUCAAGUGUACUAGUUAAUAAAUACUAUGAUCAUGGAA